AAAAUCUUUCAAUUGGGCUAAAAAUGGAGGACAAUGACCCGUGGCUAGGCCGAGACAAGCUCUACCACUUCCUCUUCUGCUUCUCUCUCACUCUCCUCUUCUCCACAUUUGCCGCCCGAACCCCUUACCCGUUUCUACGCCGCCACUCCAUUCGGGUCGGCUCACUCUUGUCUCUCUCCGCCGGCGCCGCCAAGGAGUUCGCCGACGAGCUCGGCUUCUUCCACUCCGCCGGCGCCUCCGCCAGAGACGCCGUCGCCAAUCUAUUCGGCGUCCUCGCUGCUUCGCUCCUGCUUUCCCUCGGUCACUACUUGGCCCGAUCCGAUUAUGAAGCGGGUCGGGUCAAGGAGGUUUCCAUGGUCUGAAUGUGGAUUCGGGUCGGGCUUUUAGUGGGUGUGUUGGAGAAGGAAAUAAAUAAUCUGGAGCAUUUUUGGUUUUGGAUGAUCACUGAAAGUAGUAACUUAUUUGGCUUGAUGAAGGUGUUGAGCAGUCAUCUUCUGAAGCUCCUUGUCAAAGGCUUUUCACCUUCUUCCUCUGGCAGCUUGACUGCUGUGUAGGUUCCCGCCCCGCAAAGCGCCCCAAGAAUUGGAGCAGUGAGGUAGAUCCAUAUGGCUUUAAAGUUGUUUGCAGCUAUGGCUGGUCCUAGUGUUCUCACGGGGUUCAUUGAAGCUCCUGUUGUCUCCCUGCACAAUAGCGUGAAGGAAAGGUUUCAGUGAAUAAUCCUUUUUAUAUUGCCUUGUUAACAUUUUCUCUACAACAAUCUUGCAAAUUGAAUUUGUGACUAUUAGACACAAGCAUAGAUAGUUUAUAGUCGUAAUUCAGUCAUACCCAGCUAUGAGUAUGUUAAGCAUGACAGUCGCUCCAACUGCAAUUCCUGCCAGUUCGCCAACCUGCAUGUUACAAGAUUCUUUGUAAUUUCACAUUUAUAAUUUGAAGAGUUCUAUUUACUA